AUGGCAUCCACUACCGAACUCGCAUCCUCCUUUAUCGAGGGUGCCCCGCCCGGCGAGCUCGCGGACGUUGUCGCAGAUGUUAAGGCUCUCACCUCCGACGGUCCCGACAUCAUCCCCUCCCUCGCACCGGCCUUUGAGCGCUACAAUGAGACACAACUGGCGACUGUGAAGCUUCCUGGAGCGAGCCAGGAGGUCCUGAUCAGCGAAUACAACAAGCUCGAGGGAAACCGGUACUUCGAUGUGGAAAGUCAGACGUCGUUUGAGGUGGACCAUGUCACGCAGGAAGCAUCGGCAGCACAGUCAUACGUUCUGGAGUCGCAGAAUGCGGAUUUGAUCAAAUCCCUCCUCAAGUCCCUCUCCGCGCACGCCACCGAACACUACCGCACCUGCAGCUACGGCGUGUACCCGAUCGAGGACGACACCGCCGUGGCCAUUGUUCUCGUUGCGAACCGCUACUCGCCUAAUAACUUCUGGAACGGUCGCUUCCGCGCCAUCUACACCCUCCCCGUGAACUCCUCUUCGACCACCAUCUCCGGCCAAAUCAAGGUCGACGUGCACUACUAUGAAGACGGCAACGUGGCCCUCAACACUAACAAGCCGGUGAACCUGUCGGUGCAAUCCGUGGAUGCCAGUGCCAUCAUUUCGCGGAUCGCGGCUGCGGAGCGGGAUUACCAGGAGGAGUUGAACCGGGCGUUUGUUAGUACGGCAGAGGGAGUAUUCAAGGGGCUGCGGAGACAGUUGCCGAUCACACGGCAGAAGGUUGAGUGGGAGAAGGUCGGAGGAUACCGGCUGGGACAGGAUAUUGCUGGAGGUCGGUGA